AUGUAUGUCUUCUUCCAGAACUUGAGGGUCUUCAUCACAGGUGGAACAGGUGAGCAAGCAAGCAAUGGCUUCUCUGAAGCCAUUAUUCGUGAAUUGGGUGGUAUUCCAGUUGUUGGGAACUUGAUCAACAAUCCCAACCACAGUAUUAAAGAGAAAGCCUUAAAUGCACUGAAUAACCUGAGUGUGAAUGUCAAAAAUCAAGACGUGAUAAAGAUAUAUAUCAAUCAAGUCUGUGAAGAUGUCUUCUCCGGUUCCUUGAACUCUGCUGUGCAGAUGGCUGGACUGAGAUUGUUAACAAACAUGACUGUUACCAAUGAGCACCAGCAUAUGUUUAACAGUUACAUUACAGAAUUCUUCCAUGUGUUACUUACUGGCAAUGGAAACACCAAGGUUCAAGUUUUGAAACUACUUUUGAAUUUGUCUGAAAACCCAGCCAUGGCAGAAGGACUACUCGGUGCCCAAGUGGAUCCAUCCUUCCUUUCCCUUUAUGAUGGCCAUGUAGCAAAGGAGAUUCUUCUUCGAAUGCUUACACUAUUUCAGAAUUUAAAUAACUGCGUCAGAAUGGAUGGUCGUUUCGUUAUGUCUCCUGUCAUCUUUCAUAAAAAUUCAUUGUUUUUCCUGUUGUAUGGACAAGAAUGUGCCCAGAAAAUGAGAGCUUUAGUUAACCAUUCCGAUGUGGAUGUGAAAGAAAAAGUUGUAAUAAUAACGUAA